AUGUUCUCGCGAUCGUUUACGGUGUUCGCCGUGUUGGCGACCGUCGCCGCCUUACCGACUACUGACCGCCCGGUCCCAGUACCAAUAACAACAAUUUACAACGAAGACAUUGAAAGGCCAUGGCUAUCAUUCCCCUUGUUUGGAAAUCUUUUUGAACCACUGUGGAGGCUGUUACCCAGCUUCGCCGACAUCGGUCCUAAGAUUAUCAACGAGGACGACCAAUUUCAAGUUAUUAUCAAUGUGAAAGACUACAAAAAGGAGGAUCUGAAAGUCAAGGUAAAAGGCGACUUCAUCUUCAUCCAGGGUACACAUGAAACGAAACAGGAUGACCAUGAUGUUUUUGCCAGCCAAUUCUUCCACACGUAUACUUUGCCGGCGAAUGCUAGCGCCUCUGAUGUUACCGCUCAAAUGACAAGCGAUGGGAUCCUGAUAGUAAAGGCUCCAGUCAACGGUCCAGUGAACAGAGUGAAGGAUGAAGAUAGAGAAGUCCCUAUCGUCGAAACCGACAAGCCGUUCGCUGAAGAAGAAAAGACAGAGAAACCGAUUGAAACGACCCAGGCAUCAGCUGCCACAGUUACUGCAGAAGAUGAAAGGAAAGAGCCAACGACUCCAUCUACCAAGGAGGAUAUAACCGAGAAAGACAACGUUAUUCCCCACGGAAACGAGGGUCAAUUGUAA